AUGCCACCAGGGUGCUCGCUCCAGGCUGAUAACAAUUUCGGCCCUGCGAUAGAUCCUGGGUGCCGCGAUGGCUUUGAUUUCACACUAUUGUUCGAGCAAGCCAUACUUGGCCUCGUUCCUGCGGUCGUAUUUCUCCUCGUGUGUCCUCUUCGAUUGCAAAUCCUGGUUAAGAGAGAUGUACGGACUCAGCCUCACAUAAUGAGAUUGGCAAAGCUGCUGGGCAAAGAACACCCGGCCAAAUACAAAGUUGUCCGUGGCAUCGAGUGCAAUAAAUUUGGCAGUGGCAAUGGAAAUUGUGGUCUUGUCUUGGGUGGAGGAUGA